ACUGGUUUAGGUGGGCACGCCACAACAACCACCUCCCAGUUUCUUCCCUCUUGAAUAUUGUAGCAUACUUCUGAAACUCCCUAAAAGGCCUUCCACUUCAUAUCCAUUUAUAUUAUAUCCUUUGCCAUAUGAGCCGCAGCCUAGACAGGUAGUCAUGAAUACCGGCAUUGGAUCGCCGGCCAUCGUGGCUGAUAACAAUGCGGAUACAAUUGCCAAGAGAGCCCAUUACAGCCCUCCGUGGGCUGACCUGAGUAUCAUUGGUAUCGCAGGCAGUUCCGGUUCCGGUAAAUCGACAUUAUCGCAUGCCAUUGUCAGCAAACUAAACUUGCCUUGGGUGGUUAUCCUGUCAAUGGAUUCCUACUAUAAACCAUUAGACCCAGAAAGCUCGAGAAAAGCAUUUCUCAACGAAUAUGAUUUCGACUCUCCCGAGGCAAUUGAUUUUGACGCCUUGGUACAAACACUUCGAGACUUGAAGGCAGGCAAACGCGCCGAGAUACCGGUAUACUCCUUCGAGAAACACCAGCGCGUAGAAGAGACGACGUCCAUAUAUUCCCCUCAUGUCCUUGUUCUAGAAGGAAUCUUCGCCCUGUAUGAUCAGAGGGUGAUGGAUUUAAUGGACAUGAGAAUCUACUGCGAGGCUGAUGCUGAUACAUGUCUUUCAAGACGAAUCCUACGAGACGUGAGAGAUCGAGGUCGUACAGUGGAGGGUUGCAUUAAGCAAUGGUUCAACUUCGUAAAGCCAAACUAUGAGAAGUUUGUUUUGCCCCAGAGGAACCAUGCUGAUAUAAUUGUGCCACGAGGCAUAGAGAAUCGAGUUGCGAUGGCUAUGGUCACCCAGUACAUCGAGAGAAAGCUAGUUGAGAAGUCAACACGCCAUCGCGCAGCUCUCAGAAGCUUGGAGGCUGGGUCCGAUAGCGAACCCCUUUCCGAUCGAGUCAUAAUUCUCAAACAGACCCCUCAGCUCAAAGCCAUGAACACGAUCAUUCAGGAUAUUGACACUUCAAGCGAGGAUUUCAUAUUUUACUUCGACAGGUUCUCAUGCCUUCUCAUCGAAGAGGCCUUGAAUAAUGUUCACUUCCAGGAAUUGAGCGUCGAAACCCCCGCUGGCAGAUCGUAUCACGGACUAACCCCCAAAGGCGAAGUCAGCGCCGUCAUCGUCCUCCGCGGUGGGGCCUCAUUUGAAGCCGGGCUGAGAAGAGUGAUACCAGAUGGCCGCACAGGACGUCUCCUUAUCCAGUCCAACGUUCGGACUGGAGAGCCCGAGCUCCACUAUUUGAAACUUCCGAAAGAUAUCAGCAAGCAUGAUAGUGUUUUACUUCUGGACGCCCAGAUGUCUAGUGGAGGGUCUGCGCUAAUGGCUGUCCAAGUUCUCGUAGACCAUGGUGUCCCGCAAGACCGCAUUGUCGUCGCAACAUACUCAGCAGGCUACGUAGGCGUUUAUCGUCUGACGAAAGUUUUCCCAGAGAUCACCGUCGUCAUUGGCGACAUGGUUAACGAUUUCGAAGACAGGUGGGUUGAGAAGAGAUACUUUCGAUGCUAAGCCAGACAGACAGUAGGCAUAAGCCCGAAUAUAUAGAUUGCCAGAGCAUCUUCACGACUGUAGAUGCUUUCAUUAAGACGUUGACUAUAUAUAUAUCUUAGGUCGAUUAUGUAUAAGGCUAGUUCUGAUCUUUGCGGUCGAAUGGGAUAUAA